AUGAAGAAUAAGAACGGUCGCCGCUGGCGCAUUAACCUUGCUCGUGAGAAAGCUGCCGCUGCUGCCGCUCCCGACAGGCUUAGUGACCUGCCCAAUGACCUCUUGCUAAACAUCCUGGAGAGGGUGGACACAGUCGAUGCAGUGAAGACAUGCAUCCUCUCGAAGCAACUGCUGAAGCUCCCUGCUAUGCUCUCACAAUUGUAUGUAAGCAUUAGUUCCUUUUCGACUUCCAGCCCCGGUUCUGUGAUCCGAGCCAACCGAGCUGUGGCUCGUGUAACGGAUAACAUCUUGAGCACGAGGAGCCCAGAAAUAACCAUCAGAAGACUCAAAAUCAGAUUUGUCUUGAAGCUUCAUGACUCUCGCUCUAUCGCCAAAUCUGUUGUCGACGCCAUGGCCACCCAGAAAAUUCACUCAGCUGAGCUUGAGAUCAUAACGGACAAGGCUUUCAAGAACUCCUCUCCUGAUGAUCUUGUCCAAUCUGGGAGGCAGUUCAAUACUUUUCUUGGUGCUUGCCCGGACGCAUUUGCUUGCCUCACGCGCCUGUGGCUGCGCAAUAUGAGGUUUGGUGAGCUAGACAUCCCCAACAUCCUCACCACUUGCAAGUGUUUGGAGGCUUUGCGUUUAUCCAACUGCGACUCAGGGGUCAUUUCUGUGCUGCGAGUAGAACAUGAUCAACUUGUCGAGCUUCAUAUCGACUAUGGGGAUUUUGAGAGAGUUGAGCUCAUCUUUUUGCCCAAACUCCAACGGGUGAGCUAUGUAUUUAAUAAUUGGGCCUCCUCCUCGUAUAAAGACCCCAUGUAUUUUGGUAUUGCACCACAGCUUUCAAAGCUAAGCCUCACUAGAACUGGUAUCCACUUGGAUAAGCCUCUUGAGUUGAGUCAGCUCCUUGCUAAUGUGCCCUCAAUAGACGAUCUGCAUCUGGAUUUUCGAAGUGAAAAGAUUUGGGUUCUACCAGAAUGCCGGGAGCUGCUCAUGCCUGUGCUCAGCAAACUGCUGUAUCUGAGUCUGGACAAUCUUCCUGAAGGGUGUGAUAUAGCUUGGACAAUGUUUAUUCUUGAAGGUGCACCCUCGCUAAAAGAACUAUGCAUCAUGGUACGGGAUCAUUGGUGCAUAAUGGCGACAGACAAAGAGUACCGAAGGGCAAAUGGUUACUGCGAAAAAGAAGAAGUGAAGUGGAAGUCACUUGCUUCUGAUUUCAAGCACAGGAAUCUGGUCAAGCUCACCAUUUACGGCUUCCAACCCGACGAUAACUUUGUGCGAUACAUCAGGCGUGUCGUGGAAGUCGCGGUUAAACUGUUAGAGAUAUCCCUUCAUGACAGGAAUGUGUGUGGGAAGGAUUGUGCUGACUUGAAUCCAGAGAUCAAUGUGUGUCCGUCAAGAUAUCCGAGGACCGCUGAGGAGAGGAAACAGACAACCAAGGCGUUGAGUUUGGCUUCGCGUGCCAAGGUUCACUUCUGGUCCUAA